AUGGCGGGGGGCCCGGGCCCAGGGGACCCUGCGGCCCCCGGCGCCCAGCACUUCUUGUACGAGGUGCCGCCCUGGGUCAUGUGCCGCUUCUACAAGGUGAUGGACGCCCUGGAGCCCGCCGACUGGUGCCAGUUUGCGGCCCUCAUCGUGCGAGACCAGACAGAGCUUCGGCUCUGCGAGCGCUCGGGGCAGCGCACGGCCAGCGCCCUGUGGCCCUGGAUCAACCGCAACGCCCGGGUGGCCGACCUCGUGCGCAUCCUGACGCACCUGCAGCUGCUCCGUGCGCGGGACAUCAUCACGGCUUGGCACCCUCCUGCCCCCCUCCCAUCCCCCAGCGCCACCAGCCCAGCCCUGGGGCCCAGCAGCAUCUCUGUCCCCACCGAGGCCACGAGCCCCAGGAAGUCACAGCCCUCAGCCUCCACCGUCCUGUGCCCAGGGUCCGGGCCCAGCUUUGGCCCCGCAGACCACUCUGCCUGUCCCCCGCCAGCACCGCCAUCGCCAGCCCUUUCCUCUGCAGAGGUGAGUCCAGAGGGUCCGCUGGCCUUCCUGCAGGGGGCCCACCCGGCCCCAUUCUGCUGGCCCUUUCCGGAGGUGGUUCAGGGCACCCGCAACUUCUCGGAGGAGCUCAAGAUUGGCGAGGGUGGCUUUGGUUGCGUGUACCGGGCGGUUAUGAGGAACACGGUGUACGCUGUGAAGAGGUUGAAGGAGGAGGCGGACCUGGAAUGGAGUACGGUGACACAGAGCUUCCUGACCGAGGUGGAGCAGCUGUCCCGGUUUCGUCACCCAAACAUCGUGGACUUUGCCGGCUACUGUGCUCAGAGCAACUUCUACUGCCUGGUCUAUGGCUUCCUACCCAAUGGCUCCCUGGAAGACUGGCUACACCUCCAGACCCAGGCCUGCACCCCUCUUACCUGGCCUCAGCGAAUGGACAUCCUCGUGGGCACAGCCCGGGCGAUUCAGUUUUUACACCAGGACAGCCCCAGCCUCGUGCAUGGAGAUGUCAAGAGCUCCAACGUCCUUCUGGAUGAGAGACUGCUGCCCAAGCUCGGAGACUUCGGCCUCGCCAGUUUCAGCCGCUUUACCAGCCUCCGCCCAGGUCAGAGCAGCACCGUGGCCCGGACCCGGACAGUGCGGGGCACCUUAGCCUACCUGCCCGAGGAGUACGUCAAGACAGGGAAGCUGGCUGUGGAAACCGACACCUUUAGCUUUGGGGUGGUGGUGCUGGAGACCCUGACAGGCCAGAGGGCUGUGCGGACACAGGGACCCGAGACCAAAUAUCUGAAGGACCUGAUAGAAGAGGAGGCGGAGGAGGCCGGGGUGACCCUGAAAGGUGCCCACACCACCACUCAGACCGGUCUGGCUUCGAACACCUGGGCUGCCUCCAUUGCAGCCCAGAUCUGCAAGAAACACCUGGACCCCAGGCCCGGGCCCUGCCCCUCUGAGCUAGGCCUGCCCCUGGGCCAGCUGGUCUGCUGCUGUUUGCACCGCAGGGCCAAGAGACGGCCCCCCAUGACCCAGGUGUACGAGACGCUGGAGAAACUGCAGGCAGCAGCAGGGCCGGCCCUGGAGUCUGAGGUCACUGGCCGCAGCCCCCCGUCCCCGCAGGAGAACUCUUAUGUGUCUACCAGCAGCACGGCCACGGAUAGGGGUGCUCCUGAGCCGCCAGCAGGUCAGCCCGUGGAGAGCGACGAGAGCAUAGCAGGCGUCUCCGGGGCCCUAUGCUCCUGGCACUUGACCCCAAGCCUCCCCCCACGCAGCCCUGGACCCUUCAGGUUGACGGACUGCACGCAGGCUGCGGGUACCAGCAGAGAGUCACGCUUGGGGAGCAGCCCAGGAUCCUGGCCCACAGCCUUGGAAGGAUCACCAGUGGGCAGCGUCGCAUCUUCUGAAUCGCCACGCAUCGUCAUCAACCGAGCCCGGCAGAAGAUGGUGCAGAAACUGGCCCUGUAUGAAGAUGGAGUGUUGGACAGUCUACAGUUGCUAUCCUCCAGCUCCCUGCCAGGCCUGGGGUCUGUGGAGAGACAGGGACCCGAAGAGAGUGAUGAGUUUCAGAGCUGA